AUGUGCAUGGAUACACCAAAAGCUACAUUAAAUGCUGACAGGAAAGAAGCUGCAGAUAUUGACAAGCUUAUGGAAGAUGCAUCCAAAAUACUGUACAUUAAUUUGUACAAGCAGGAGAUUUUCAACUCUCUUGGAAUGAGACUUCUCACAGAUGAGUUGUUUGGAAAGAUGAACAAAGCUGCAAAGGAACUGAUUAAGGAAAUUGGAAUAUUAGAAUUAGAAGUCAUGUAUUUAGAACAAUAUCUGCUCUUUUUGUAUUGGAAAAGAUUUGAUGAACUCGUUUCAUCACUGUCAACCAAAGGAAGAAGAUUGCAAUCAGCUUCAUACAUUAACAGAAGUACUUCGGAAUUAAGUUGCAAUGAUUCCAUCCUUGACAAACAACGAAGAAUGGAAUUAGCUUCACACAUUAACAACGGAACUUCUGUAGUAAAUGUCAGAUGUGGUAUCUCUGACAAAGAAAUUUCAGAUCCGCACUCAAGUGAUAUCGUUUCAAGAAGUAGUGUAGGUGGUUUUCAGCUCAACGAAUGCAUAAACCAGUUAGAACCAGAAUCUGUUUUAGACUCUAGUAUUCAUCUAUGUUACUCUACAUUAUCUCAACAAACAGCUUGCUCGAUUAAAGCUUCUUCCGAGAACAUUAGGUCCAAAGCUGCAGAGUCUUACCAUUCUCUACCGUUAUUUAUGCUAGAGCAAGCUCAGUGUGCUAAAUGCAAGUCAACUAGCCUAGCAGAACAAUUUGGGAAUAGCUACAUUGAUAAUGUUUCAGAGACACCGAAUUGGCUUUUUGAGGAGAUGAUAAAAUGCAUAUCAGCUAUAUAG